AUGCGGCUUCUGAAUGUACAUACUCUGGAACUGGAAGAGUUCACGGACGAAGACUUGCCGCCGUAUGCGAUCACCUCUCACCGCUGGGGCAAGACCAGCCAUGAGACAACGUACGACGAUGUCGCCCACGCCCGACAGCAGCAGAAGCCUGGGUAUCAGAAGGUCCUGAGCUUUUGCAAGUUUGUGAGAGAAUGUCAGCUAGAUCUAGACUGGAUAUGGAUCGACACCUGCUGCAUUGACAAGCGCAACCUGGUCGAGCUGUCUGAAGCCAUCAAUUCCAUGUACAGGUGGUACGCAGAGUCGGCUAUCUGUAUCGCAUUGCUCCAUGAUGUAUAUCAGGAGGUCUACGUUGGCCCCGAACCACUCCAAUUAUCGAAUAGCGAAUGGUUCAAACGUGGGUGGACGCUCCAGGAAUUGCUCGCGCCAACCACCGUCGUCUUUGCCGAUUCUGCUUGGCGAUACAUCGGAGCCAAAAUUACCACUGGCACGCCGCUUUGGUUACGUCUGGUACACUCGAGCUCGAUCAUGCAAGGCUAUGUGUUCGAGCUUAGCAAGGCAUCUGGUAUCCCGCACGAGAUUCUGGCAGGCGACUUGAAAUUGUCAUCAGUCGACGUGGAAACGAAGAUGUCCUGGAUGCGGGACAGGAACACCACGCGAGCUGAGGACAGAGCAUAUUGUUUGCUCGGUAUUUUCAAUGUAUAUUUACCGCCAAUCUAUGGUGAAAGAGAGAAUGCAAUGAUGCGACUCAAACGAGAAAUUGCCGCAGCAUCGGGAUCAGGCGACUUUGCGCAACUUCGAGAGCCGCGGGUUCCAGUCUCCUGGGCGACAAAGUAUGAGAAGCAAAUCGGGACCCGCAGUGCGGCAGGGAGAGCGGUUCAGCCGCCGAAUGACAUCGCAACAGGUGUGCCCCGGUUCAGAAUUGAAAACGAGAGGCCGCCGGAUCCCAAAGAGCUAUCCGAAGCCCUACGCAAACACCAGGACGCCGGAAAGCAGCCCCGGCGUACUUCAGACGAAGCAGUGGCUGAGAAGCCAAAAGCUGACCCAAUGUCCACUAGUGGAAUGACAGCCGAAGAGCUUCUUCAGUAUAACGCGAUCAUGAAGCUGGUACCAAAUCGACACGCGCAAGCACGAGAAAAACGAGACGGUCAGACGAAGACUGCUGCCAAACCGCGACAACAGGGCGCAGCGACCUCGCCUGAAAGUAAUCAUAAGUACAGCAAGUCGCAGGAUAAUAGAUUCUCGGCCGAAUCAAAAGCUCAACCGUUGCGUAGGGAAGAACCAAAGGCCACCGGGAGUCCGCCACACGAGGACUUCCCGCCACUCUUUGACGGCGAUCAUCAAUUGUACGUUGCUCAGGAGGCUCGGGUGAGGAACAGGUCCGGAGUAGCUGUCGGAAAAGUCGUGUUGACGACAAGUAACUCGAGAAACCUUCUGGGUCAGGAAGUUGCCAGCAACGGAUUGAUCUGGGUCGGUGAAAUACUUGUCGGUUUUGCUUCGCCAUAUGUCCCUGGGGUCGACGGAGAGGCUACUCAUGAAAUUGCUGCUUCUACAAAAAAAUUUUUGGCCAGUCAUGGUGUGGAGAUGCGUACGGAAGAUGAACAGCGACCCACUCCGUCCAGGAAAAGCGCCACUCCUCGCCCUAUCGGGCUGCACAAUUGCUACGUGGUCCAUGAAGGGCGCGUCCGCGAUGAACGUGGCCAUGCUGUUGGCAAAGUUGUUCUGACGAACAGCAACGUCGAAUCUCUCGUCGGACGUGGGGUUGACAGAGAUGGCGGGAUCCGCACUGAUGACGGCCGGCUGGUUGCGAUAGCCGCACCAUUCUUACCGGGUGCGACCAAGGGAACCUAUACGGAGAUCACACAGGGAAUACCACUUGCACUGCGAGCGGAACUCCGAGAAAAUGGACCCGCUCUGUCUCCCUCUGUCGCAACCGUAACCAUAGAGGGAGCUGAAAAGACAAUAGCGGUCCCCCUAGCAUUAUCAUCUAAACAGACGGGGUACUCAUUCAGUUCCUUGAGUGGUCUACGUGUAGUUGACGAGGGGCGUGUCAGGGACAGUGACGGCAUCGCAGUCGGUCGUAUCGUGACGACAGCCGGAGAGAGUAGAGACGACCUAGUCGGCUGCAAAGUCGAUGCAAGAGGAAGAGUGCUGAGAGACGGAGGUUUGGUGGCUUUAGCAGCCACAUACAUCUCAGCCGACAGUGAGCGAACUGGAGGAGUGGAUGAGGACCUGCAACUUGAGCUCUCGAGGGUUCGUGCACAAAGAUUGACGGAGAAUGCGGCUCUUCGUACCCAGAGAGCACUGGCGGCCGAGACGAGUGAAGUGCCCAAAAAGAGCUGGAAAAAGGCAGGCCUCAACGUGCUCCGCGACGCCCUUCAGUCGCAGUGA